AUGAAGCCCGGGUGCUCGCCGCUCGGUGCCAGGAUCUGGCCCCCUGCCCCCGUGGCCGGAGCCCGGGGGGACGGGGCCGAGUGCCCUGCACUGACCACACACCAGGGAGCUGGCUCAGUCACCCUGCAUCCGACCUUCACCAAGCAGAACCCCAGAGGAUGUCCAGGCACAGUCGAGAUCAUCGUCGGUGAGACCACCUUCCUGGUCCACAAGCAGCUCAUGGUCCAUGCCAGCCCAUUCUUCGAAUCGAUCCUCAACGGCGAAUGGGCCGAAACCACCGAGCUGCUGAGCCCAGCAUCAUCGUCAUCAUCACCCCAACUCAUCCCAGAAGAACGCAGCCCGAGUCCGACCAACGACCAGCAUAUCCUGCCCACCAAUGACGACGCCUCCACGGCCCUCAAUAUCAGCAUGUUGGACCACCAUGCCAUGGCCCCUGAGCGCUCUCAGGCCCUCCCCGAUCCACAGCCCCUCAUCUCUAACCUCAGUCGGAUCGAGGCCCGCAUCCUGCUCAAGGACGAGCGCCCCGCCUCCUUCCAGGAUCUCUUGAUGUUCGUCUACCCGCAUCUCGAGUGUGUAUGUACCUGGCACAACGCCUCUGACCUGAUGACGAUGUCGCAGAAGUUCGACAUGCCAUUGCUGCAGAGACAUGUGCUCAACUUCCUGCUCUCCUCGGUGGCGGGCAAGCCGAUCGAGGCGAUGAAGAUCGCCGAGGAACACCAGCUGUCCGAGCUGUACCGGGAGAGCUCGCGCUUCUUGCUCGACAAUUGGCAGGGCUGGGAUCAUAAGGAGCUCGAACGUCUGAGCUCCCAGACGCUCUUGAAGCUCGAGAAAAGACGCACUUGGUUCUUGGAACGGUUGCUCAAACUGGGUCUCGUCAAUUCUUCCCGCGAUUACGUCUGUCCGCCCACCUGUCCCGACCCUCACCAUUGCACGAAACUGGUCGACGAUAAAUGGCGGAGUGCGUGGGCGGCUUCGUUUAAGUUCGGCCCACCUCAACCGAGUAGCGUUUACAGAGCGUUGAGAUGUCUCGAGCCGAGUCUACAUAGUCCCGCAUUACUGUUACCGCAUACAUCGUGUCAACAACACGCUCUACGCUUCUUUGCGGACCUCUUUGACCGAAUGUUCUCGCAGUUUACGCCCAGAGACAAAACUUUCAGGAAGGCCAAGUAUUUCUUGCACGUCGAGCUCUUCGAUUCCGUCGAUAAAAAUCCGAGGAAACGCGUCGAUUAG